AUGAAGUUCUCUGUCAUUGAAAAACUCUUGUUUCUCAAUGCACUGGUCGCGAGAGUCGGGGCAACACCCACAGUGUCAUCUCGCAUCUCCGUCUCCGUCAACCCCAAAGUUCAAUUCCAGGAAAUAGACGGGUUCGGAGCCUCUCAAGCAUUUCAACGUGCUGAAGAUAUCUUUGGCAAAUAUGGCUUGCCAGUCGUGAAUCAGACCCUCGUUCUUAACCUCCUCUAUGACGAAAACUUCGGCGCGGGCUUCACUAUUCUACGCAACGGAAUCGGGUCUAGCAACACAUCUGACAGCAACUUUAUGAACUCUAUUGAGCCUAUAAACCCAGGGGGUCCCAAUGCAAAGCCUGAGUAUGUUUGGGAUCACUACGACAGCGGUCAAUUCCCGCUAGCCCAACAAGCCUAUUCGCGUGGUCUCCAGACUCUGUACGCCGAUGCCUGGUCUGCUCCGGGCUAUAUGAAGACCGACGAUGACAAUGAUAAUGGUGGAUACCUCUGUGGUGUGACCAAUGAAUCAUGUACCACUGGAAACUGGAUGCAGGCUUAUGCCAACUAUCUCGUCCAGUAUGCGCGCUUUUAUAAAGAGUCCGGGGUGGAAAUCACUCACCUGGGCUUCUUGAAUGAGCCGCAGUUUGCUGCCACCUAUGCCAGUAUGCUCUCAAAUGGCACACAGGCUGCUGAUUUUAUUCGCGUGCUUGCCAAGACUGUCAGGAAGUCUGGUCUUAACCUCAAGAUAAACUGCUGCGAUAGCAUCGGCUGGGAUGACCAAGAAGCUAUGAUGGCUGGUCUAAAAGCGGGCCCUGAUCCAGCUAUCAACUACCUCGACGUAGUGACAGGUCACGGAUACGACUCCCCUCCCAUCUAUCCUCUCAGCACCAAUAAGAAGACUUGGUUGACAGAGUGGGCUGAUCUCACUGGCGACUUUACUCCCUACACUUUCUACAAGAAUGGAGGCCCUGGAGAGGGACUGACAUGGGCCAAUCAUAUUCAGGUUGCCCUGAGAGAUGCCGGUACUAGUGGAUUUCUCUACUGGAUUGGUGCCGAGAACUCGACUACGAACAGUGCCCUGAUCAACCUCAUCAAUAAUGAGGUAAUUCCUUCCAAGAGAUUUUGGGCAUUCACACAGUUCAGCAAGUUUGUGCGUCCUGGUGCUCGUCGCAUUGAGGCUGUUAGUUCACAUGCCAAUCUCACCGUCAGCUCUUUCAAAAACCAUAACGGACGCAUCGCUACUCAGUUGCUGAACCAAGGCGAUUUGGACGUUGAGGUUAACGUACAAGUCACUGGCCUCAAAUCGGGUUUGUCCGUUGAACCUUAUAUCACGAACAACGAUUAUGACUUGGAGCUCCUAGCCCCCAUCGUGUCGGCAAGUGGUGGCUCGUUCCAGGUUAAGGUUCCUCCCCGGUCUAUGGUUACUUAUUUGUUUUCAUGA